GCCAUUGAGGUAUGGCAGAUAGUUGAUGGCCAGACAAGCUUUAAGAAUCUAUUCAAUCUAUAUGAGCAUGACAACUCUGCAAAUACUGUUAGUUUAAAUAUGAAGAAAACGAAGGCUGCUAGUGGAAGUGCUGAUAGAAGUGUUAAAGUGUGGAACUUGGAAAGUCAGACAUCACUUAGUACUUAUAGAAUUCACCUUGACACUGUGUCAUGUGUCUCAUGGAGUAGAACAAUUAAUGACAUAUUCUUGUCAUGUUCACAGGAUGGUACCUGCAUAUUAUGGGAUAUCCGCAAUCCAAAACCAGCAUCCUAUGUAAUAAAGAAUGAUCACAUGACUUCAGCUCCAACAUGUGCUUCUUGGCAACCAGAAACUCAGUACACUGCAGCUAUAGGCAUGGAAACUGGGCAGAUUGUAAUUAAGGAUGCCCGAAAUCUUAAAGAAACGGUCGCCGAAAAGAAUGCGCAUAAUAGAGCGAUUAACAGAAUAGCAUUCUCUAAAAAAUAUUCUCAUUGGUUGGCCUCAGUAUCUGAUGACAGCACAGUUGCACUUACUGAUGUAGCACAGACUGCAAAAACAAUUUAUCGCAGCAGAGUACAUAAAGACUUUGUUCAUGGUUUAUCAUGGAGUCCCACUGACAACACACUUCUCACAUGUGGAUGGGAUGGAUUGGUUCACCAACACAGUUUUAUGCCAGAGACACUAUCAUCUGAUGGGUUGCAAUCACCAGUUGCUAUGGAAACAGCUGGAGCAGUAACAAUAUAUCCCAACAAUAUUCAGAAUCAAUUUGCUGUUUAACUUUUAUCUGGUCAAGUCAAUGUAAAUUAUGUUGUGGCUGGCAGGCAGGCAGGAUAAGGGUUAAAUGUUGUAAAUGCUAGAAGUAUAUAUAUAUUGCAGAGAAAUGAACACAGAGGGCAGUGUUUUAUAUGGUAUAUGGCACAAAUUGAGUUUCCCAUCAUGCAUUACUGUCUGUGUGUCCUCUCCAUGGUAAUAUAAGUAAAAAUGCACUGCUGGAAGCAGUUGGACAUUAAGUUAUGCAAAAACAAUGCACAAUUUUCUGAAUAGAUGAUUAGCAUUGGAAGGUUAUAGGUGUUUAUUGAUGUUUGUCUUGUCUAUUUCACAUUUACGCUGUCAUGUGACCAUAUCAUGUUAUUCUGUACUGGCUGAGAAAAUAAUGUUGCAUUAAAGGCUCCUAAUUAUAAAGUCAUUGCCUAGUUAUUUACUUUCUGGUGAAGACAUUGAAGACAGUGACACAUAGAUGGUAGAUAUGUCUUGUGGUUCAAACUGAAUCCACUUUUAAUAUCUUAGUAUUAGUCUGAAUGGAAGGUUUGAUGUCAUUGCCAUCAUUUUAGUUCAAUAUGCAACCAAAUCUAUUGUGUUACAGCAGGACACCUGUCAUAAGGAACUGUGAGCAGACAUAUGGUUGCAUUGUUAUUAAUGACUCCUUGAGGACACAACUGAUUUUCAUACAGUAUUUAUCAAACUUGUUCAGUAAACAUGAAUUAUGUUUAAGUUCAUGAUUGUCUUGCACACAUAAUUAUUUAGAUUGUCAGUAAAUAACAAUGGACAAUAAAUGAAUGCCAAAGAAAGGUCUAUCACACUAUUAUUUAUUCUUUUAAAUUUGUUUUCAAUUUGUGAGUGCUCUAAUGUAAUUAAUGCCCUAUUGUAUCAUUUUUACUAUUUGAAGAUAACUUAGCAAGUCAUUGACCUUUGACGCAGCCUUCUGUAUUUAUAAAAGAAAAUAAACUGAAGUUUAUCAAUAUUCAACACUGAGGGCAGUGUUCUAAAAUAUGAAUCUGAUUGAGAGCCUAAUCUCCCCAUUGCAAUGUGUUCACAGUAAAGUAAUAAUUCAUGGCAUUUGUCCAUUCUACUGCAAUGUGUGUGUACUACAUGUUUGAGCCAAUAAAGAUAUGUUGCUAUGGCAAAUAGUGAUAUAUCUUCCCAUAAUGCAUCAUUUUAAUAUUAUGCACAAUCAUGUUUGUAAAUUGUAUUAAAAUUUAGAAAUUUCUCGCUGUCAUUUAAUCAUGUUAUCUCUGUAAACCCUGUGUCUAAUUAAAGUGGAAUUAGGAAGGUAGGCAGUGGGUUGUCUCAUCUGAUUAUCUUCCUUGUGAUGAUAAAGCA